ACAACGCUUAUUUAUUCCAUUCUCAGAUAAAAACCCUAAUUUCCCACUCUCUCUCUAAACUUUCUCUCUCUACGCAAAUUCCUCCUCAAAGCUCUCCAAUGGCGACGGCGGGCGACGGACUCACCACCUACCAGAGCGGCGGAGCCGGCGGAAAGCUCCGGAAGCGACCAAUUCGCCGUAGCUCUCAAACGACGCCGUACGAUCGGCCUCCUAUUGCAAUCAGGAACAAUAACAAUAACCCUAGCUUUUUUGCGAAGCUUGUGGACCCUGCGUCUAGGCUUAUAUACGCCGGUGCUGAUAGGUUGUUUGGCGUGUUUCGUAAGCGGAUUCCUACGGUUCCUGCACAACGGCAGCUAGGGAGUGUUGAAGAACCAAGGAACAUGGCUCAGGAAGCAGUUCCAAAUCCUGCAUCAAAGAAUCUCACUGGGGUAGUUGAACCGAACACCAAUGAAGGUGGGAAUUUGGCUAGCAGCUCAGUUGCAACUGAGAUAUCAGAUCUCGAGAAUAUGCUUAAACAAAAGACCUUUACUAGAUCCGAAAUUGAGCGUUUGACAGCAUUGUUGCAUUCGAGAACGACGGAGUCAAAUGUUGUUGAAGGGGAUAAAGCAAAGCUUCCUAGUACAUCGUAUCAAGUUGUAAAACCUGAUGCAUUUGCAAGUGGCGCAUUGAACAAACAUGUGGAAGAGAGGGAAAUCAGGAACUUAGAUGCUGCCAUUUUAACACCUGUUGUCAAUUCUAGAGCCUUUGAAGAUGAUGUUGCUUCACCUGCUGAGCUGGCAAAGGCCUAUAUGGGGAGUAGGCCUACCAAACUAUCACCACUACCCCUGAGAUCACUCACUCAAACACCAAGACAGGAUUUAGUGUUGCUUAAUAACACAACCACCUUCCCGAAAACACCUGCCACAUCACAUACACCAAAGACCGCAGCUGCUAUUAAGACAUACGAAAAUGGUUCAACCACCUUUAGAUCUCGAGGCAGAUCUGCUUUAUACAAUAUGCCACGCACACCGUAUUACAGAGGUCCUUCAACUUUAAGUCAAAAGGGUGUGGCUUCACCAUCUGUUUGGGAGCAUGAAGGGUCAGUCGGGUCAAGCAGAAUGGCUGCAAAACGUAGGAGUUCUGCACUCGAUGAUAUCGGGUCUGGUGGUCCCAUGCGUAGAAUUAGACAGAAGGCCAAUCUACAAUCACAACAAAGCUCGCUCUCUCGGGAUAAAAGUCAACUUGGUUCAACUCAAAAGCUUCUUUUACGGAACGAACCCGAGCCGAAUGCUUUUAAGGCAGUAGAGGAAACUGGGGAGAUCAGUAAGCGUAACCAAAGUUACGGUUCGGUUCCUACAGAGUCUAGUAAAAUGGCGUUAAAAAUAUUCGAACAACUCGAAAGAAUGAGCCCGAAGGAAAAACCUUCAGGAUCCAAGCUAGCUGUGACUGGAACUAUUGAGAAAGUAGACUCGCCAAUAGGUUUAUCAAGCUCUCAAGAUAAGCAGAAAUCAGAGGGUAAAGGUAAACAUCGCGUGUUGUUUUCGGAUGCUCGUGAGUCAACCUUUCAAAACAAAGACACUGUUGAAGAAAAUGGUUCAAAAAAUGUUGUUUCCGUUGAUGGAAAUGUUAAAGUGCCAGUUGAAACAAAAGCUGGAUCUGCAACGAAACGAGCUUUUUCGAUGAGUGCUCAUGAGGAUACUCUGGAUCUAGAUGAUGACAACCAUUCUAACGGGCAUGCAAAUAUCUCAGUCAGUGUAAAUAAGAAGCUGGGGGCAUCUGUGUUAGCAAACAACGGCGUUUCUACUAAGUUUGCACUACCUGACUCCAAAAAAGGUGCCAUAUCUCCUGGUAGUUCUGUUGUUAAUAACCAGAAGAUCGGUUUUAACGUACCUGCUUUGACUUCGUCGACCAGUACUCAGUCAACAGUGCUUUCUCAACCAACUUCCGUAGUUGAUACAGUAAAAGCUACUCCUCCGAAUAAACCUACAGUUUUCCCAACUUUUGGAAUAAUUAAAGCAAAUGUUAGUCCUGACGCGAAACCACUUGGCGCAACCAGCUUGAUUAAUUCAACCAUGAAUAAUGAUAAUGGCAACAGUCAGAAGUCGGAAAAUUUGUUUGGUAGUUCAGGAUCUUCGUCCUCUGCUAUCCCGACAACUGCAUCAGCAAGUGGUGUAUUUUCAUUUGGUGUCUCAACGAAUAAUUCCGCUAUUAUUAACGGGACUUCUUCAAGUCCAUCAAUUUUUGCUUCUUCAAGUCCAUCAAUUGUUGCUUCUUCGUUUUCUUUUCAAUCUUCCGGAACCAACACAAACAAUGUUUCCGGUAGUAGCUCAUCCACUGUGCUUUCUUCUACCACCACCACUACUUCAGCUGUUAGCAGUACUUUUUCGACAUCUGUGUCUGCAUCCGCAUUUAGUUUUGGGUCUGCAACUGCUUCACCUACUACAUUGAGCAACGGUGGUAGCAUAUUCGGAUUCAGUUCUCCAUCAGCUACAUUAACCGCCAACGGAUCUCAGGCAAACACACAGGCUGCAUUUACUGCCGUUACACAGGUGGUCCCAUUCAAGUUUGGCUCAGGGACUAGCGAGACACCAUCGUCCGCUUCAGCGGGGUCCCUUUUUAGUUCUUCAGCUCCUAGUUUUGGUAUUACUUCUGUCGCCACCUCAUCUGGCGGUUCGACCAGUAGUUCCACCACCAACAUGUUCAGUUCUGGCUCCAGUGCAACACCAAGUUUUGGACUUAGCUCUACUGUCGCCUCAUCGGAGACCAAAUCCGGUAGUUCCCCUACCAACGUGUUCAGCUCUGGUUUCGGUUCAACACCGAGUUUUGGAGUUAACUCUACUGUUGCCUCAUCAGAGCCCAAACCUGGUAGUUCCGCUACCAACGUGUUUGGUUCUGGCUUCGGUUCGGCACCUAGUUUUGGAGUUAACUCUACCGCCACCUCAUCAGAGCCCAAAUCUGGUAGUUCCGCUACCAACGUGUUCGGUUCUGGCUUCGGUUCAACGCCUACUGUUGCUUCGUCAGAGACCAAAUCUGGUAGUUCUGCCAAUAACGUCUUUGGCUCUACACCGUUUUCUUUUGGGGCGUCUACUAUGUCUAUGCCUUCUGCCAGCAGUUCUCCUUUCAUGUUUGGAUCAUCUAACGCAGGUGCUUCAACGGGAUCAUCUGUGUUCUCAUUUUCUUCAAAACCGUCUUCUCCUGCUCCAGUUUUCGGAAACUCGACACCUGUUUUCGGAACUUCGCCCACUAGUAACACCGAUCAUAUGAGCAUGGAAGACAGUAUGGCCGAUGACUCCAACCAAACACCAAGUCCAGCGCCUGCUUUCGGUCAAGCUUCCAGCGGCACACCACCGGGUUUCAUGUUUGGUUCCGCCACACCGACACCACCGACAACGGUUCAGCCACCGGGUUUCUUGUACGGUGCGCAGACAAACCAACCGCAACCACAAGCGCAAGCACCGUCUCAGAGUCCUUUUCCGGCAACACAGUUUAGUGCCGGAGGAAGUUUCUCGUUAGGUAGCGGUGGAGACGACAAGUCUAAUAGAAGGAUUGUUAGAGUUAAAAGACAGACCAGGAGGAAAUGAUAAAACAUGUGAAGGGGUCGCUUGUUAUGGCUUGUUUCGACAUUCUACAACUUGUGUCGGGUAUUGUGUUAGCUAGAUUGUUCUUGUAUCUCAUUUUUGGAGGAAGUGUUUUGUAUGAGGUCCAUCGGUAUAACAUCUUCUUUAUCUUUUUGUGUAUCCAUGUAAAAACAUACAAGGUAAAGACAUUGCAACUCUAGAGUCAUAAUGCUGAUAUAGCUUGUAUUUCGGUCUUUAUAAUAUAUGGAUGCUGUCUUUAGCUGACGUUGGACAAGGUUC